AUGGCCGAGACAUGGAGCCUUCACCGGAUCAAUCCAGGUCACAUCUCCCCCCACCUUGAUAGCCAACUCCGCCCCGGCCCAACAGACUCCCCGCUGAAUACCAACAAUCUGGAACAAGACUUGACCAUUCGCCAUGGAUCUUUGCCCGCGAGACGCUCGCCAACUUCCAGGGAUGAAGCAAAUCCCACCAGGCCUCCACAUGCUCUUUCUACACCCUCUGAUCAUUCGUUCCUAGCAGCGAGCUCGGAUACUCAUGCCUCCUGCACCGAUGUGCAGUGCUAUGCUCAGUGUCAACAGUCGACACUCGAGACUCGCCUCCCAGUAAUCUCCUGCGAGAAAAGUCUACAACAUGGCGAAAAGGGCCUCAACGAUGCGACAAAAAAUAAGCAAGAGAAGGGACCGAAGGCUCGUAACAAGGUCACAAAACCGCAAGGCCUUCGAAAAACGAAAUCGACUCAACGUCCAGGUCGUCAAUUUGAAAUGGCCUGGCGGAUCGGUCAAGCUCCUGCUCCCGCCGUUCGGCUUAACCAAUCCGACCGAUGUUUUCAACGGGCUUUCACCAUCACCUCGCAGUAUUAUCGCGGAAAUGCCGACACUAGAUGGAAAUCAAUGUUAUCUCAACAUGCUAGUAGGUUCAACCAUGACCAAAGCCCGCUGAGCUUCUUCUGUUCUCUUGUGGUAGUAGCUGGGCUACUCGCCGGUGGUCUUACCGCCCAGGCUCAUCAGACCUGGGAGACUAUUCGACCGCUGGCCACAUCCUUAUUACUCGCACAGCACCCAAUGAUCUAUGCAUUCAUUGCGGAUAUGGCUAUGGAAACGUCCACUGACCAACUGCCACAACUACGUGCUUCUCUUGGGAAACGCCUCUCCAUCUUCGCAAGCCAGACUCUAGGCUUGAAACACCCAAUAUCACUCAUCUUUAAACUGCCAUUAACUAAUAAUCAAAAGAACAUAUUGCGAGGCCAACUCCAGGCUACGAUUCAACAAGAGAUGACCCAAGUUUUUGAAGCCCACUCCUACCAGCCUACCAUUCACUACGGGUACUGGUGUCGAGUGUUGGCCAAGUCUGGCAACGCUGAAGAAGCCGCCUUGAUGUUGAAUCGAUUGAUUCCCUCGCUAGAACAGUCCUGGGGUUUAAACACCAGUUUGCCUAUCAUCGCCAUCCUCGAGCUCGCUCGUACGGAACUAGUGCUGGGUGUCUCAAGUGUCAAGUUGGAAUGCAUGCUGGCCGAUUGUCUGCGACGGUUGGAUGUACUGUCGCAAAACACCCAGAACGCAGAUCCGAACGUGACAGACCCGCAAAUCCCGUUGGAUAGUCUCCUCUUCAUCCGCAUCUCAGCGCUGAGAAUGCUGGGCCGGGUCUGGGUGAUGAGAGGUAACUUCUCGGCAGCGCUGGCAUGUUUCGAACAUUCAGUGGCUAUCGCGGCACCAGUGCUGAGACCAGGCGGGGUCACGAUGCGCAUAUGUCGAGCCGACGUCGCCAUGACCAAGACGAUGCAAAUGGAGUUGGAGAGGGAUGGUGCAGUGUCAGGCGAUCCUAUGUCGCGUCUGCCAGACCUGCAGACGAUCACACACUUUAUCUUGUUCGAUUUCUAA